AGAACCAAACAGGACCACACAAGCAAGGCCUUGUUUUUUUCCCCCCUUCUGUUCUUUUUUUUUUUUUUUUUUUUUUUUCAAACCUUCAUUUUCUCGUGACACACACACUCUCGCUCGCGAUCCACGGAGAAGAUGGAGGAGCGCAACCCGCUGUCGGCCAUGGCAGGCGCCUCCGCAAUGCCACCCAUGCUAUGCAAGCUCGAGAGCGUCCAUCCAGCCAACGGCAGCAGUGGCGCGUACUCGACAGCAGCAAUGCUUGGGAUUGCGCCUCUGGUCGGCGCUGCUUCGUUCUCCGUCCCUGGUGCGCAUGUCAGUGUCCAGCAGCAGCAGCAACAGCAGCAACAACAACAGCAGCAGCAACAGCAACAACAGCAAUUGCACGCUGCAUCCGCCGUCCUCGGGCAGCAGCCGCUCAUGCACCCAAUCCCAUCUGCCAUGCACAUUCAGCACUUGCAGGAUUUGAUCACACAGAAGCAAGCCGAGACCGAGCGCCAGAUUCUCGCUCUUCGGUUGCAGCAGCAGCAGCAACAACAACAGCAACAGCAACAACAGCAACAACAGCAGCAGCUUCAUCUGCAGGAGCACGGCAGAGCCAACCAAUCUGCUGGCUGGGGCUUGGACCAGAUUGAAUCGUUGCUUGGAGAUGACCUCGACCAACCCGAGGCAUUUGGCAUGGCUUCGUUCCACCCUGGAAUCGUCCCGAGCACCGCCUACCACAUGCCGCAAGAGCAAGCAUACCUCCUCCCUUCGAGCAAUCCUCCAGCAUUCGCGCAACAGCAGCAGACCUUCUCAAACCAGCCGCUGCAGCAGUCGCCCACAUUGCAGCAGUCCGAAAGCCCCAACGGCCAUGCCGCUCCAGCUCCCGCGGCAUCUGCGCCAAGCCGCGCCGUUCCAUCGGUCAAGCGCAGGCAUCAGGACACCGUUGUGGGCGAUUCGGUGGCCUUUGUGCCCUGCAUGAUGGAACAGUGGUGCGAGAUUUACAAUGCUGCGCGCCAGCCCCUCUCCACCCGGCUCGAGCUCGCGACCAAAGUUUCCAAAGGCGCCACGUACGAUGCCGCAGAAGAAGCUUGGAUUAUGUACCGGAAAAACCACUUUCAGGUGACUGCGCUUCUCACACCGACCUACUCGGCAAAGAGCUCGCGCUUGGACACGACGCCCGCGUUUGUCGAGAGCGCGCACGGCUCGGGCCUGCUCCUGCCGCUCCAGUCCAUGCAGCUCGAAGUCGGCGCAUUCAAGCACGUAUCCAAUUCUGACACAGAACCAAAGUCUGUAGGUCUGUGUCAGUUCUUCCGGAACAAGGACUGCCACGCGAAAAAGGACGUCGAGCCAGUGAGCAUCACCGUGGGCGAGCUGGCCAGUUUGACCCGUCUCCACUUCCGCGCUGCCACCGUGAACAUCUCCCGUCGAUUUGGUGGGUCAAAUCAGUCGCAAACGUUCAAUCAGGUGGUCGUCUACGUCAAGGGCAUCGAUUCCGCCGGCGACUCGCACAUGUUGUUUGCGCAGCUGGCAGACCGCCUGAUUGUGCGCGGUCGCGGUCCUGGUCACUACGCCUCUCGAGCAGCAAAGCACGAGCUGGCCAUGACGGACGACAAUGACAAUGACGACGACGAAGAGGAUGAAGCGGACGAAGAAGCACCGCGCACCCACCGCCGCCUCUCACAAUCGCAGUCCGCCCCGCGACGCACCACGUCUACCUCUAGCAUGCCUUCCAUGCCUUCCAGCUCUUCCGCGUCCAGCACCCAAUCGUUGGCGUAUGUCGCCUUGGCGACCAACGCGCACUCCGAGUCCCCAGACUCUGAGCUCCUGCUUGGCCCCGUCGUGCACCACAGCGGCCUGCCCUUCAAGCUGGAGCAAGCCGAGUUUGAUUUGGGCGUUCCUGUUGCCACCACUACUAGCCUGUUGACGCACCAGCGCAUGAGUGGGCCGGAGGAGUCGUCCGCUUCUGGCGGUACGGAUCCCAGCGCAAGCUCUGGCUCGGAUUCGGACUCGCUGCUCGAAAUGACUGGCACUUCACAGCAGGCUGGAGUCGCGUUCGAGCGCCAUCAUCCACUACUGCCACUGACAGUCUCGAAUGUCGCCGACCUGGGGUUGGGCGACAAUAUUGGCAACAACGGCUUGAUUGCAGCAGCCAACGCCUCCGUCCCGUCCAUCCGCGGAGGCGCCGGAGCUGGAGCAACACAGCCCUCCGUGUCGUCCGCAUCUCCAGUGGGUAGCAGCAAUACCCGUAUCAGCCCGUUGCUCACCUCAUCCAACUCGUCGCCCUCAAGCACGGCCGUUCCGGUGUUGCAACACUCGCAACAAGCGCUGCAACAGCAAUUGUUGCAGCAACAACAACAACAACAACUGCAACAGCAGCAGCAGCAGCAGCAGCAACAACAACAUCAUCAUCAGCUCUUGCCCGAGAUGUUUGCGGCCCAGCAGCAAAUGCAGCAAGUGUCCGCUCCGCUACCCGAUUCGGCAACCGCCUUGCCAGCUUGGGGCCCGGGCGAGACCGCUGGCUCUGUUGCUCACUUUGGUAAUGUUGGCAUUAACACGGUACGGCCGUCGGACGCGCUGGUCGUGCACGGCAAUGUGCGCGUCACUGGCCAAGUUUUCCAGCCCUCGGAUCGUCGCGUCAAGGAUGCCAUCGUGCCUGUGGACACUUCAGAGGCGCUUCGCAAUGUCAACUCGAUGCGCCUGUACGACUAUAGCUUGCGCCCCGAAUGGAUGGAGACGUCUCAUCGGCCAGCAGACCAGAGCACAGACCGUGGUGUUCUCGCGCAAGAGCUGUUUGAGCUCAUGCCCCGCGCCGUGAACAACAUUGGCGACGUGCCGCUGGCCAGCGGCGAAACGAUUCCAGACUUUUUAGUGGUCAACAAGGAUGCCAUUCUCAUGGAGACGGUCGCAGCCACACAAGAGCUGUCCAAGCAGGCCGCACACCUCGAUUCUCGGCUGCAUGCCGUGUCCCAGCGACUCCACACGCGUGAGCGGGACGAAGAGGACAACAUUUCCACCAGCAGCGAAGACGCUGUCGACUCGCGCGACAACCGCCGGCUCAUCUCUUCAGAGCAGAAACGCCGCAUCGAGUUGCUCGAGGCGCAGGUCGCUCAGCAAAUGGUUGCGAGUGGCAACCGCAGCUCGUCGUCGCGAGUGUACGUCACCUUCCCUCGUCGUUGGCUCAUUGUCGCUGCCGCAGCAGUCGCGUUGCUGCUUUGCCUCGCCACCGUCUUGCCGACCGUCUUGCUCCUGCAAAAGCUGCCCGAUGAUGACAAUGACGCGGAAGACCAGUACCCGGCAUUCGCGCCAACCAAUACGAGUGAAAUGGUCUCGUCCAUGUCCAUGCUCAAAUCUCUGUAUGUCGCUUCGGACCAGCCAUCCGCAAUAGACUGGUGUCACUCCCCAACGCCGUUCUUUGCUCUGAUGGAGUACGGGUUGAAUGCGACGAGUUCCGCGAACGACCGGUACAAUGCCACUUUCUCGCCCAUGCCAAUCACCGGUUCUGCGCGGUAUGCGCCCAGUGGCGUUCUCGUGUACUUUUCGUCUGAGAUCAAGACGUUCGAGUGUCUCUACCAUCACAACGUGCCUUUGGCCGAGCAGCCGGAUUACCGCAGGGGCUUUUUGAGCUUUGAGCUCAUUAUUCCAUCCGUGUCUCUGCGAUUGCGCGAUUUCGCCAACGUCACUCGCCGUGACGCACCCGGUGCCGCACAGCGCCUGGCCGACCUCAACUGGCCGACGACAUCGAUGGUCGAUGAGGAUGCGGCGGCACCCCAGCUUUGGAGUUUGGCUCCCUCGGACGACAUUCUGGGCAAGCGCAGUGCCGAUAGCUUUGAUCCGUGGGCUACGGACAACCCAGAUCCGAACGCUUGGUUCAACCAUACCACACCCCAACCUGGUGAGUGUCGUGUGCGCUCCGAAAAGCCAGGCGACCCAGUCUUCAAUGGCAACUUUUCCUGCCCGUCCUACUCGCCAGUCGUUCCGUACUUCCGGACGACACUGCGCCCACAGCGACUGCCAUUGCUCGUCUAUCGCGUCACUGGCACUGGUUUGGUGCACGGCCGAACAUAUGUCACCCCCUCUGGCAAUCGCACCCUGUACAUUCUGCUGAAAGUCUCCAACUCGAUCCGAGGCCUGGCUGAAUCCAAGACCGCUCGGCCCAGGCGGUACUGGUUUGAGCCCGCAUUCUACUAUACCUGGUGCGAGUGCGACUUCACCUCUCCCGAUGCCGAGGAGCUCGCUACGUGUUUGAGCGAAAACUGCCCUGUCGUUGCCAUCCCCAGUGCGCGUUACCGGCGCGACUCGUCCUCUUCCUCCUCUUCUUCUUCUUCUUCGUCUUCUUCGUCUGCACAGUAGUGGUUCUCUUUUUUUAUUUGUUAUUCUUUGUUGUUGGUUGUAGAUCGAUGUUUUUUUUUUUUUGCUUUUGAGGUUUCUUUUUGUCGAUUUGUUGUUGAUCUGAAUACAAUACCCCGGUUUAU